AUGCUCUUCCACGCUUGUGCCUUGACCGGCCUUUUGGCCAUCACUGCCGCUAGCCCAGCCCCUGUUACUCCAGUCCGUCGUCAAGCAGCAUCCCUCUGCGAACAGUACGGAUACUACGCAGCCAAUGGCUACGAGUUCAACAACAACAACUGGGGCAAGGGUUCCGGCUCCGGAAGCCAGUGCACUACCGUCCAGAGCACCUCCAGCUCUAGCGUGAGCUGGUCCACCCAGUGGCAGUGGUCGGGAGGCCAGGACAACGUCAAGAGCUACGCCAACGCUGGCAAGCAGUUCGCCAGGGGCAUCAAGGUCAGCAACGUGAAGAGCCUGCCCACCAACAUUCAGUGGGACUACCAGCCCCGUGACGGCGUUCGUGCCAACGUUGCCUACGAUGUCUUCACUGCCGCGGAUCCCAACCACGACAAGAGCAGCGGUGACUACGAACUCAUGGUCUGGCUCGCAAGAAUGGGUGGCGUCUACCCAAUCGGCAACAAAGUCACCACCGUCACCCUUGCUGGGUAUAGCUGGGACCUCUACGUCGGCCCCAACGGCUCGAUGAAGGUCUUCAGCUUCAUUCCCUCUGACGGAUCAUGGAAGUUGUCCUUCAACGCCGACCUGAAGCUGUUCUUCAACUACCUUGCGCAGAACCAGGGAUACCCCAUCAACAACCAGUACUUGAUCGUCUUCCAGCAGGGUACUGAGCCGUUCACGGGUGGCCCAACCAAGUACACGGUGUCCAGCUACAGCGCCAGUGUCAACCAAUAA